AUGGCUGGAGUAUGGCGUUGCAUGUUGGCAGUGGUGGUGUUGAUGUGUGUAUGUCUGUGGGGGUCCACUGAGGCUGUAGGGGGGGCUAAGAGUCGACCGCGACCCCAAAGACGACCUCGCAAGAAGCCGAAGGUCGACCCUAUUGACCUGACCCCACCCACACAGAACAUAGACAUACAGCAGAUGACAGGAAUCUGGUAUCUGCUCAACACUGCCUCCAAAUGUUCUUACCUGAUAAAACAUGGAUCCAAAGUGGAGCCCACAGUCAUGAACCUCACAUUUUCCGCUGCAUCUGACCAAACACUGUCCGUUACCACUAAAACACGUCAUGGUCACCAGUGUUGGGAGAUAUUACAGGUCUACCAUCUAACCUCAACCCCAGGACAACUAACACUUAAAGGAGUUCGCCCUGAGCUGAACACGGACAUAGUGAUUGGGGACACAGACUACAGCUCUUAUGCAAUCAUGUUUUAUCAGAAACUAGGCAAGAUCACCGUGAAACUCUAUGGCAGGUCUGUGGACAAUCUAUCCGAGCCGCUGUUGACCAAGUUUGAGCAGCUUGCUGAAAAACAGGGUUUUGGAUUAGCAUAUGUCUUCCCCUUCCCCACCUACAGUCACUGUGGUCAUGUGGACCAGGACCAUAAAAUCAACUGUGUCCCCGCAUGUUGAAGAAGCUGACAGAUCCAGCCAUGCAGCGCUUGGCAGCUCUCACAUGAACAUCUGAAAAUCGUGACGUUCAAAAGUGAGAACAUCAGCAAGAAAGUGCUAGAAGGGUGCGCCGAGGUCAUGAAACUACAAAAUUGAUGACUUUAAACGGUGGCAAAUAAAUAAAACAAAAUCAA